AGGGUCUCAGAGAAAAGCUGCCAGGCAGAAGCCGCACCUCGCCAGCCGCCUGUCGCUCGCCCCCACCUUCGCUUUUGCGCAGAAUCCUCCCCUUGGCUGCAGCAGCGCGCUGCCCCCACUGGCCUGCGCACCGCGAUCGAUCACAGUCUGCGUCAGAGUCCUGGAGUAUAAAUAGAGGUGGCAGGACCGCGCCGAGCCGCACACAGCCAUCCAUCCUCCCCUUCCCUCUUCUUUCCCGUUUUUCUCUUUAGGUUUCCCACCUCCGCCCCGGGCCGGAGGGGCACACCGGCCGCCACCAUGAGUUCGUUCAGCUACGACCCGUACUUUUCGACAUCCUACAAGCGGCGCUACGUGGAGACGCCCCGGGUGCACAUCUCCAGCGUGCGCAGCGGCUACAGCACGGCACGCUCCGCGUACUCCAGCUACUCCGCACCGGUCUCCUCCUCUCUGUCCGUGCGCCGCAGCUACUCGUCCAGCUCCGGCUCGUUGAUGCCCAGCUUGGAGAACCUCGAUUUGAGCCAGGUAGCCGCCAUCAGCAACGACCUCAAGUCGAUCCGCACGCAGGAGAAGGCUCAGCUUCAGGACCUCAACGAUCGUUUCGCCAGCUUCAUCGAGCGCGUGCACGAGCUGGAGCAGCAGAACAAGGUCCUGGAAGCCGAGCUGUUGGUCCUGCGCCAGAAACACUCAGAGCCUUCCCGCUUCCGCGCCCUGUAUGAGCAGGAGAUCCGCGAUCUGCGGCUGGCGGCGGAAGACGCCACCAACGAGAAACAGGCGCUGCAGGGCGAGCGCGAGGGGCUGGAGGAAACUCUGCGCAACCUGCAGGCGCGCUACGAGGAGGAGGUGCUGAGCCGCGAGGACGCCGAAGGCCGGCUGAUGGAAGCCCGCAAAGGCGCCGAUGAGGCCGCGCUCGCUCGUGCCGAGCUGGAGAAGCGAAUCGACAGCCUGAUGGACGAGAUCGCCUUCCUGAAGAAGGUGCACGAGGAGGAGAUCGCCGAGCUGCAGGCUCAGAUCCAGUACGCGCAGAUCUCCGUGGAGAUGGACGUGUCCUCCAAGCCCGACCUCUCCGCCGCCCUCAAGGACAUCCGCGCUCAGUAUGAGAAGCUGGCCGCCAAGAACAUGCAGAAUGCGGAAGAGUGGUUCAAGAGCCGCUUCACGGUGCUGACCGAGAGUGCCGCCAAGAACACCGAUGCUGUGCGCGCUGCCAAGGAUGAGGUGUCCGAAAGCCGCCGCCUGCUCAAGGCUAAAACUCUCGAGAUCGAAGCGUGCCGGGGUAUGAACGAAGCUCUGGAGAAGCAGCUGCAGGAGUUGGAGGACAAGCAGAAUGCAGACAUCAGCGCCAUGCAGGACACAAUCAACAAGUUGGAGAACGAACUGAGAAGCACGAAGAGUGAGAUGGCAAGGUACCUGAAGGAAUACCAGGACCUACUCAACGUGAAGAUGGCCUUGGACAUUGAGAUCGCAGCUUACAGGAAACUCUUGGAAGGUGAAGAGACCAGGCUCAGUUUCACCAGCGUGGGCAGCAUAACUGGUGGUUACUCUCAGAGCUCGCAGAUCUUUGGCCGCUCUGCCUACAGUGGCUUGCAGAGCAGCUCCUACUUGAUGUCCGCUCGCUCAUUCCCAGCCUACUACACCAGCCACGUCCAGGAAGAGCAGACAGAGGUGGAGGAGACCAUUGAGGCUGUCAAAGCUGAGGAGGCCAAGGAUGAGCCUCCUUCUGAGGGAGAAGCAGAAGAGGAGGAGAAGGAGAAGGAGGAGGGGGAGGAAGAGGAAGGCGCUGAGGAGGAAGAAGCUGCCAAGGAGGAGUCCGAAGAUACAAAAGAAGAGGAGGAAGGUGGCGAGGGUGAAGAGGAAGACACCAAGGAAUCUGAAGAGGGAGAGAAGGAAGAGGAGAGUGCUGGGGAGGGGCAAGCAGCUAAGAAGAAAGAUUAAGCCCCAUUCCCAGCUAUUCCAGGAAAAACAUCUCCCCAAAUCAGGUCAACCUCAUCACCAACCAACCAGUUGAGUUCCAGAUCCUAUACAAAUUAAGAAGUCCAUAUAUGUAUAAUUCUGAGAUGACUUAGGUUGGACAUUCAGUGUUGUGCUAUGAAUUUUCUCUGUAUGCAGAGUGUCCGUUUGCUUGCAGAGUGGCUUUCUGGCUUGCUGCCAGCCUGUGCAUGGUCCAUGCUUAUGAGUUCAGGAUCUAUGGCAAUAUGAAUCACACAGAUGUUUACAAUAAUAAAAAAUGACACACACACACCACAAAUAAAUGAAUUCACUAAUGUUCAUGUGCAACUUCAUGGGAAAAAUAGUCAGUUGAAACUUCGGUGGUUAGAAAUUAAAGACCUCGAGUUAUGUGCAAUAAAUAGUAAAUAAAGUUACACUGAAUGAUA